AUGUUGCAACCCAAAGAAAAGGUGAAACCACCUCGCAAUCUACGAUCGGCUCGGUUGUCAGUUGUUAAGAAUAAAAUAUCCACACCUAUCAGCAUCCCCGUAACCCAGUACGCUUCAUUAGCCCCACCCAGAAAAGUCAUCAAAGCACUGUACGAUUACCAGGCACAAAACGGCAAUGAACUGUCUUUUGCUCGCGGUGAUUUCUUUCACGUCACGGCACGAGAAAACGAUCCUCAGUGGUAUGAAGCGUGCAAUCCAGCUACCAAUUCCAGAGGUCUUGUUCCUGUCACCUACUUCCAGGUCUUGGAGAAGAACGAUCGUAGCACCAGCGAAGUCAUUUCCCCAGUGAAACAAAAGGCUGACUCCGGAUUCCGCAUGCAACCACUGUACGGUAUUGUGUUGUACGAUUUUCAAGCCGAACGGUCGGACGAAAUGGACGCCAAAGCUGGAGAGCCUAUCAUUGUCAUUGCGCAAAGCAAUCAGGAAUGGUUCGUGGCGAAACCAAUUGGACGUUUAGGCGGACCUGGACUUAUCCCGGUGUCUUUUGUGGAAAUCAGAGACGCCGUGACAGGCAAAACCAUUACCAAUGUCAACGAUCUUAUGCACACUUCCGCAGCGCCUAUUCCUCGCGUGGAAGAAUGGAAAAAAAUGACCCAAGGCUACGAAGCGUCCAGUAUUUCCUUGGCCAACGGAGGCUCCGCAGAACGUCCAAUGGAUGAUCGAUUGGGUGUUGUUAGUGCAACUAUUGAUUCUUAUAUCCUGGAAGCCGAUCAAUACUGGUUCAUUGUAUAUGCCCACUUUUAUGAUUUCCAGAUUAAUUUAUUACACGAGUUCCAGAUUGAAGCAGGCAAAGCCGAUCGUGAACGGAUAUUACCGUACAUGCCCGGACCACUUUCACACGUAGACGAAAAGAUCACUGCGGAACGACAACAGGAUUUAAACAAGUACUGUGAAGAGUUGCUGGCGUUACCACGCUACAUAUCACAAAGCGUUCUAGUACAGAAUCAACUGUUUGGAAUCCACGAAGGAGAUAUUGAAACCGAUAACGAUCCGAGAAUAGGUGCCCUACGGUUCAACAGUCAGGAUAUGGUUCAGACGUCGAGCACACCAAUAGCGAGUACUGUGAAGUUGAAAAUCGUACAUAAAGAGGAUAUUUUUGCCAUCAAGGUGCCAGUAGACAGUACGUUAGAAGGAUUAAGGAAAAAAGUACAUGAGCGAUUGGGCUUUGAAGUUCGUCUACGGUAUAAGAGCGAACCUCAUGGCGACCAUCGACCACUAGAAGACGAGAAAGACAUGGAAGAAGCUUUUACAACCGCCGUUAAGCUCGGCAAAUUAACGGUGUACGCGGAAUAA